AAAAAUUAAUUUAGAAAGGAAAAAUCAGAGAAGAGAGAGAGAGAGAGAGAGAGAGAGAGAGAGAUGGGGUGGGAGGUCUCAGAGAGCUGCGUGGAUAGUCUACUAACAGAGAUGGUCUCCAUGUACUGCAAUCGGUUAUACGCCAACAAGCCCGAGCUCGCCGCCAGUAGGAUCGACGCUAUUGGCUACCAGGUCGGCCACCAGCUCUCCGAGCGGUACACGAUGGAGCGGCCUCGGUUUACUGAUCAUCUGGAUGCAAUUAAGUUCAUCUGCAAGGAUUUCUGGUCCGAGCUCUUCAAGAAGCAGAUUGACAACUUAAAGACAAAUCAUAGAGGUACUUUUGUAUUGCAAGAUAAUCGAUUUCGUUGGGUUUCACGCAUGUCACUUGAUCCUUCCGAGAAUGGAGACUUGUCUCAAGAAAAUGCUGAGGCGGCUGAAAACAAGGCAGCACAAGAACCAAACAUGCAUCUUCAUUUCUCGUGUGGAGUCAUAAAAGGGGCUCUUCAUAACUUGGGGAUUGCUUGUGCCGUUUCUGCUGACCCGUCCCACCUUCCUGCGUGUUCAUUCGUGGUUCGUAUAAAGCCCUGAUGAAUGCUUGUCCAAGGAACUUUCGGAAAACUUGUGGUUUAAUUCAUCAGCUCAUCGAGAUUUGUAAUCUUCUCCUUUCUCGUAUGUACAAGAAUUUAUACUUUGAUUUCGGAAUUUCGUUGUAACCUUCAAAUUGAGAUUCAUCUGGGAUAAAUCACAAGAUUGUACCUACUGGUGUUGUGAGGGUGCUAAUGUAGGAGAAUGUCGACAAACAUAAAUUGUAUUUAUCCUAAAUUCCUAAUACAAGACGUUGAGACCACAAGAUUUACUUGAA